CCAGCGCGACGUGAUUCAAGCACCCGAGUUCGGCAAUGCGGUCUCCGGAUAUUGAAAUACAUGGAAUCGAUAUCCAUCGAAAUCGAAAUAACUCUCGAAAAUUCAUUUAUUAUUAUAAUUUUCACGGAGACUGCGUGUCGAAAAAUUGUAGUCCUCAGAGUUUCAACGAGUCGAUUUAUGAACCGAUAUGGUACUCCGAUACACUCGAUGUUACGUGUAGAAGAAUUCAAAGCUUACGAGUCUUGUUCAUACUAUACUAACACGGGGUUUUUUCAAAUUGGAAAUUUUUCGAUCAGAUACGUUAUCACGAUGGUGUAUUUACAAUCAAGGCCAACCGUUUGUCGUGGACUCUAUCAUCGGCGACAAAACGACAGAAUGAAAAAAAAAAGAAAAGUUCGAAGUUGGAUGCAAGUUCGAUAUUAGCAAUUUCUUGAAAUAUAAUCGAUAGAGCUUCGCAAUUAUUUCUCUCUAGUCUGGUUCUCAAUGCAUCUGCAGUCACGAGUGUAUUUAAUUAUCACGAACUGCUUUCCUUGCAAAACUCAUAUCGGAAACAUAAAAUAUAUCGAGAACGAUGUGGCUACAAACCGAAAAAUAGUUGCCCGUUUAUUUUUUUUUUUACAAUCUACAUUAUUCUUACGAUGCCACAUAAUGUAUAAUUCUCCGAUAAUGGAAGCUGGUGUGAAUUGCGAUUCAUAUAAUAAUGUAUAAAUUUAUUCAGCUUUUACAGUCACGCUGCAUGGAAGUAAAACACAAAUACAGUUGGAGGAAAGGAAAAUUCUUUCGCGGUAAUGAGCACGGAAUCAUAUAUUCAUCGACACGUUAAUCUUGUCAAGUCAAACAUUAUUCGAAAUUUGCUGUAUCAGCUGGCGGAUACAAACAUCGCUUUGCACAUGGGAAUGGGUCACACGACUACCAUAAAUGUGCAUCAAUGCAGCGGCAAACUCUUAUCGUGAAAUACAUUGAAAACUUCCGAG